AUGUUGUUCGGUCACCUCUUACCCCUCGCAGCCAUUGCUACUGCAGCUACAAUUAAGCAUAAACCAGAUUCCGACUAUGUCUUCAGCUGUGGUCCUCCCCUCCCCUACCUCGCCAACGGGUCGCAGGCCACGAGCUGGGCGCAGUAUCUCGACGAGAUUGGCGACGAUCUCGACGGCGACGGCCAAGGUGCUGUGGAUCAUUUUGGUGGCCCCAUCGGUAAGGCGCCGUUGAAGUGGCCUCGCAACUCAGAAAACAUUGCUGUUAUCCCUUACUGCUACUUCGACGAAAAAGAACGCGAGUCGAUGCACGAAGUUAUCGAGGCCGCCAUACAAUCGUGGAUGACUUAUCUUGGCAAUCCAGGAAAGGAAUCCGGUCACGCUAUCAGUUUCGAAGAGUGGGUGGACAGUGAAGGAAAACCAGUGAUCUGUUACAAGAAAAGCGAAACCGACUUCUUCCAUUGGAACCCAGAUCUGCCUCACGAGACCUUGACGAUCCAGGUGGGAAAGGGAGAAACCGGUUGGACGGCCAACGCAGGUCUAGCGGUUGACCAGAAGAGUCCUUGGAGGAACCAACUGAACGGCCCGGAAAGCGGUCGUCUUGUGAAUGUGGAGUGGGCGGCUAUGCACGAACUGGGUCAUGUCAUGGGUAUGGCGCACGAACAUCAGCGUAGUGAUCGAGACGACUACAUCGUGGUCAAACCCGAGAAAAUCGGCGACUUCGAAGAGUGUUACAAGCGCGCCCACGAAAAGAGCUCUCGAGUAACCCGAGAAAACGUAUGCACCUCACUCAGAGUAGCGCUACGCAACAAUUGUGCAUGCAGAGAUUGGGUCAAAGGCAUGGCCGAGCUCUAUCUCCCUCUGUUUACCUUCGACAAAUACGACUCCGAAAGCAUUAUGCAUUAUCCCAGCGCCAUUGGGGGUAAGCCAGAGAAGUGUGAGCUCUACAGCGGCGAGGAAGAUACGGCUGAAUGCCCGAUUCAACAGUACAAGAACUUUGAGGAUCACAGCCAAGGGGUUACGAAGAUGACGCCGAACUUGCAUCCGUCUGCGCAGGAUAUCGCGUGGGUUAAGAAGGUAUAUGCUUGGGAUGACAAGGGUGAAGCGUGA